AUGAUGGACGAGGAGAUAGUGGAGGACCGCGCCAAAGUGAAGCAGGGCGUGAUUAAGGUCCUGCAGUGCGUGGCCACCAUCUCGUCGGCGGCGGCCGUGGUCAACCCCAUCUUCGGCGUGGCCGGCUCGCUCAUGCGCGUGGUCCUGCGUCACGUGGACGACGAGGACAUCCGCACGCUCAAGCGCGAGUUCGGCUCCGUCAACCGGGCCCUGGACGACAUCUCGCGCAAGAACCGCCAGGCCCUGGUGGCCAUCCAGAAGGAGACGCUGGACAGCCAGUACGCCUCGGUGGAGGAGAACCUCAAGAACCAGUUUCGCAAGUUCAUGGAUCUGGUGGAGGCCCGCCCCGAGCACCGCGAACGCAAGAAGGACGACUUUGCCCGCAGCUACGCCGACGACCUAGGGGACCAGAACCUUCACACGCUCUACGACGGCGUGGUGGGAAAACCCAAGCUCUUCAGCCGCCCCAUCUUGGAGGUGUUCCUGAAGCACUCCGGGGGCGACCGUCUGACCAUGGAGCGCCUCUGCACGCGCCUCACCUACUUGUUCUGCAUCGGGCUCAUCGCCCUGAUGGGCUACGCCGCCGUCAUCGGGGACGACGACGAAAGCCUGAGCGAGGAGUGGGCCGAAAAGAUGGAGAACGUGCAGGAAAAGAUGCAGCAGGCGCUCGCCUUGUGCCACUGA